CGCAUCUUCAAUUUCUGGAACACCACUGCCCUACUGAGGACUUUCCUUUGUGUUCACCAAAAACCAAAUUCUCUCUUCUUGUUGUUCUUUCUUCAAUUCGUCUGAAUUUCCACCACUUGCCAGCGCGCAUUUCCAGGAGAACUGCAACGCGGCCCUCAGCGGCUUGCGACAACUUGGCCCAUCAUGUCUUCCUCCGAUUACAACUACGAUGAUCAGGGGCAGUUCUUCCCAUUCUUCAUGCUGACCAUGGUCGGCUUGGUCACCCUACCUCUCACGUACAACGUCCUCAAACCCUCCACAGACCUUGAGCAGACCGCCACGCGGAUAAUGUCUGACUUCAAGCCCAAACAUGACGAAGUCAUCGAGGCUCAGAGACGAAAACAGAAGAGAAGGAAUCGCAAAACCAAGCGUAUCAUCGCGGUGGUUCUGGGAUAUGCAUUCAUGGCCUACAUGGUCUAUUUGAUCGCUGUCACCCAGAGAACAGUCCCCAAGCUAUGGGAUCCGUACGACAUCUUGGGCGUUAAGAGGAGCGCAACCGAAUCCGAGAUCAACAAAUUUUACAAGAGAUUGUCUAUCAAAUACCAUCCCGACAAAGCGAGACCUGAUCCAGCCAAGAACGAAACCAUGGACGAUAUCAACGAUAGAUGGGUUGAGAUGACGAAAGCAUACAAGGCCUUGACGGACGAAGACAUGAGAAAUAACUACCUUCAGUACGGGAACCCAGACGGAAGACAGUCUACAAGCAUAGGCAUUGCUUUGCCGAAAUGGAUGGUUGAGGAAGGCAAUCGGUGGUUCGUCGUCGCAUUCUACGGCGUCUUGUUGGGAAUCAUCCUACCCUACACGCUGGGAAAAUGGUGGUACGGAACCCAGGCUCUGACAAAAGACAAGGUCCUCCAUGCGAGCGCCGGCAACCUCUUUAGGGAGUGGAAAGAUGACAUUACGGAAGGUGAAGUCGUCGCUGCCACUAGUGUCGGCGAAGAAUUCAAAGAAGCCUUGAAAGGAGCAAGAAGCGACGCGGGAGCCGCCAAAAUCGAGAACAAGGUACUCAACCAUCCCGCCUUGACGGAAGCAGACAAGAAUCGCCUGAAAGCCAUCGACGACCCGGUUCGACGGAAAACGCUUGCCCUCUUGUGGGCAUAUCUUGCUCGCAUCGACCUGGGGGACGCGGAACUCGAAAAAGAAAAGUAUGAAGUUGCGCCGACAGCUCUUCUCUUGAACAACUCUUUUGCCUCGGUGACACUCCCAUUCGGACUUGUCAAACCACUUAUCGCUGCAUACCACACCUCCCAGAACAUCAUCCAGGCAGUUCCACCCAAUGCCUCACCUCUCCUUCAAUUACCAAACAUCACGCCAGAGGGUUUUGAGAAAUCCUUUGCUGCAUUGAAGGAACACGUAUCUCUACCGCGAUUCAUGUCUUUUACUGAGCGAAACAGAAGAAAAGCUCUUCCCGGACUCUCGGAACAACAGUACGAACAAGCCAUGCAUGUAGCAUCACAGAUCCCGCACCUGCAAAUCGCAAAAGCAUUCUUCAAAGUCGUCGGCGAGCGAGUGGUCACACCCAGCUCUCUCGUCCAGCUGGUAGUCAAGGCUCGCGUCAUCCCGCCUGGCACGACGAAUGUCCCAGCAAUCGACCCGCUCGAUCUGGAGGACGUCGACCCAGACGAGGGCGACUUGGAUGCCUUGCACGGCCGCAAACCCGCCAAAUCCAAGCGUCGCAAAACUGCCGAUGGCAAGGUCAUUGAAGAUGAAUCAAAAGAAGGCUCAGUACAACCUCCAUUAGCGUAUGCACCAUAUUUAGCAGCCGACCACGCUCCAAGAUGGCACGUUUUCCUGUCGGAAGCGCGCACAGGACGCAUCUCUGUCCCGCCAUUCACUUUCACGGCCUUCGACAGGGAGAUUUUCAACGCCGAUGGAACGCCCACUUUCAACAUGUUGACCUUGAAAUGUCCGUUCCAAGCUCCUCCACAGGUCCAUGCCUUCCCGUUCGUUUUGCACCUCGUAUGCGACAGCUACAUCGGUCUAGACUCCAAGAUCGAUGUGGUUCUUGAUGUCAAGGACGCAAGUGAAGCCAAUGCCGUCGAGAGUGACGAGGACAUAAGUGAGCCGGAAGAAGAUUCUCUAGCCGGUCAACUACAAGCCAUGAAGACAGGUGGUCUGGCAGGCUCGCCGACGGUGACCAAGAAAAAGAAGAAGAGGACUGGUUCCAUCGCGCGUGGCUGAUGAUGACGACGAUGAAAGUGAUACCGAGGACUCGUAGCAAGCCAGCACUCUUGCGGUAGAGUAGGUGGGGUUCUCAAAUGUACGAAUAUCGAUUGCCGGAUGAGUGGGCAAUAUCGGUUUGCAUAGCAUGGUAGGCGUUUACUCAUGAUGGGAAGAUGGGAAAAUUCUGGUGUUGUCUACAGCCAACUCAUGUUUGUUCAUGCAGCGCGUGGAAGCCAGGAAAAGCAGAUCAAUGAAAGCACUAUCUUAGCUGCGUUGCA